GGCUCUGGGGGGGCUCUGGGCUCUGGGCUCAGUCCCACGGCAGCCACAUGACGGUGAGGAGCGGCCGCAGACGGGCGGCGCGUUCGCUGCUGUUGGUCUAUUGCCUGUUUUCGAUAUACGCCGCUUACGUCGUCCUCUUCCGCGGCUCCGGGGCGGCCCGCGGGCAGCGAGCGGCCCAGCGCCGGGACCGCCACAGGGGAAGUACACUUCCAUGGCAGAAAUUGGAAGCAAGGGAUUUGGAAACUGAACAAAAGGAUGAAUGGAAUCCAUGGGAAGAAGAUGACCGAGCUGAGAAUGCUCGGCAGCAGGAAGCUCAUCUCCACGGAUUCCAGAAACACAUUUUACAAACCCGACCCAAACAGGUACAGAUCUGGGGCAAAGCUGCCAUUGGACUUUACCUCUGGCAUCACAUUCUGGGGGGACAGCUUUCCCCAGGUGACGUGGCAGCACAGUGGAGACAAGGAGAACUAAAUGAUGGAAACUUGCACUUUAGUUUCUAUACUGGUCCUGCGGUGGUCCCUGGGCACAUUCCCCUGGACGCUGAGAGUCUGGUGCUUGUACUAAAUGGUCGGGAAGAAGGGAAGAUCAUGUUUGCCACCCAGUGGCUACAGUAUGUUCAGACACUCCUCCAAACCCACAAAUUACAACACGUGGCUGUCGUACUGCUUGGCAAUGAGCAGUGCAAUAACCAAUGGAUAGAGCCUUACCUCAAGAAACAUGGAGGAUUUGUGGAUUUGCUUUUUCUAGUUUAUGACAGUCUCUGGGUAAACGAAGAGGAUGUUUAUCAGUGGCCCCUGGGAGUGGCAACAUACAGAAACUUCCCUGUUGUGGAUUUCAACAACCUCAUGUUGCAUUCAUCAAGGCCGUACUUGUGUAAUUUCCUAGGAACUGUGUACAAGGACUCCUCCAGGGAAAUCCUGCUCAAUAUAUUGAGACAUGAACGACUCGAUUCAAUGUGUCUUAUCUCAGUCAGAGAACAGUGGUUGCCUCAGGAAAGCAGUGAAAGUCUAAAGAAAUACCAGGAUGCUUUGUUGCAGAGUGACCUUACACUAUGCCCAAUGGGAAUCAAUACAGAAUGCUAUAGAAUUUAUGAAGCAUGUGCUUACGGUUCUGUCCCUGUGGUUGAAGAUAUCAUGACGCCUGGGAAGUGUGGCAACUCGUCAGUUUUACACAAUGCCCCUUUGAGGUUAUUGAAGUCAAUGGGGGCACCUUUUAUUUUUGUGAAAGACUGGAGAGAAUUACCUGCUAUUUUAGCAAAAGAAAAGGUCAUGAGUCUGACGGAGAAGAUUCAGAGGAGACAAAUCCUCAUAGAAUGGUACAAACAAUUCAGAACUCAACUGAAGCAAAAAUUCAUCCACAUCCUUGAAAAUAGAUUUUUUUUAACGGCUUAAUUAUACCUCCCUACACAACUCCUACCACUUGUUGUUGUGUACCUUAUCCUGCAACUUAAUAAUAAUCCUUGCAUUUGUACUAUAAAAUAUUUAAAGUUGUCAAUAGAACCUGGCAGUUAUAUAUUUUACAAAUCAAAGCUUGAAAUAUCACUGCACAAAAGAACCACUUUUAAUUGUGAGAAAGGCACAGUUUUUUUUCCUGCUGGAAGGUUUGACAUUCUUUCCAGCUUGGAAAGAAACAUUUAGUCAAAUUGGACCCAGACAGAUGUGCAGUUGUGAAUUUUGAGUCCACGAGAACACUCAGCAGGUCAGGCAGCAUCUAUGGAGAGAGGAAAGUGAGUUAACGUUUCAGAUUGAUGACCUUU